CCGCUGACUGUGCACAGGAAUCCUAGGGAAAAGCAACGCAUUGUAUGUGUGGAUUCGGAGUGAGCAUCAUGACUGAGUUCACCGGAGGCGACGUUUACCAGGCAGAAUUUGACCCGAAGGCCUUCCUGGAAUAUUUUAAGUUUGGGGAAGACACCUGGAGAGAUGACUUUCUUAUCUUCAUCCUGAAACAAUACUGUAAAACCUUCACUUCAGGUGGGGUGAAAGGCGACACCCUGAUUGAUAUUGGCAGUGGGCCCAACAUUCAUCAGCUCCUCUCCGCCUGCGAGUCCUUUAAGGAGAUCAUCGCUUCAGACUAUACAGAUCGGAACCACCGGGAACUGGAGAAAUGGCUGAAGAAUGAGCCAGAAGCGUUUGACUGGACUCCAGUGGUGGAAUACGUGUGUGAGCUAGAGGGAAACAGGGAGAAGAAGGCUGAGAAAGAGGCAAAAUUAAGGAAAACCAUCAAACAGGUUCUAAAAUGUGAUGUCCACAAAAGCAACCCCAUGGAUCCAAUUGUCCUGCCUCCAGCUGACUGCCUCAUCUCAUCACUGUGCUUGGAAGCUGCUUGCAAAGAUCUGAACACUUACCGCAAUGCUCUGAAGAACAUCAACUCUCUGUUAAAGCCAGGAGGGCACUUGGUGCUGAGUGGAGAUUUGGGCUGCAGUUUCUUCAUGGUUGGCCCCAAAAGGUUCUCGUGUUUGGUCCUGAGAGAGGAAUUUCUGAGGGAAGUCCUCAGUGAAACUGGCUUCAUCAUUCAGGAGUUUGAGGUUCUCUUCAGGGGUGAUGAUAUCAUCGACGACAGCUCUGAUUUCUCUGGGAUGUACUUCAUUCUCGCUCGCAAAGAGGAAGCAAUAUAAAUCCUUUGGGGAGUACGGGUAAAGCAAAUCCUCCCCGAAGGAAGGGAGAUUACUAAUAAACAUACUAAUGAAAUGAAUGCAGUAUUUUCUCCAGCAAUGUUAACUACAUUAACGCUUUGUUGUGAAAUACAUAAUGCAGGAGAAUAUAAGCAGCUAAAUUGCUGCUGCAGGAUGAACUUAACUGAGGAAAUGCUUCCUUGCAGGAUGAGUUCCAACAGACAAUUUUGGUUGCUAUUUUUUUUUAUUUUAUUGCAAUUUUUGAACAAUUUUUACCCAAGUUCUGCUUUGGUUCUUGGUAUUUGCCAAAGAAAAGCUCCAAUGAGCUACAUAGUGAGAGGAAUGGUUUUGUUUCUGUAAACAUACUUAGCUCCUUAUAUUAGUUUGAUGGAUGCUCUUCUUGUGUUAAUGAAAUGUCAUGUUACUCCUUGAAAUCUUCUGUUUUACGUUAUGAAAAAUGUGUAUUUUUUGUGUGAAAAAACUGGCCUCAUUAAAUAUUCCCAGUGAGGAGACUGAGGUGGAUUUGCUCUAUUCGAACCCUAUCCAAUGUGCAUGGCUUUCCAUUGCUUUAAUGGACAUGGGCUCGUGGUCUCUAAUCUUAAUUUUUUGUCCCCUAGUUCAUGUUUCUCUGGAAAGGCAGUUUUAAAUAGAAUUAGAUAACAUGGCCUUGGUCUUCUGGUCCAGCCAGUCUGUG